AUGUCUCUUCCGUUGUGUCAAUUCCCAUUGUUGAUACAUGUCGAAAUUUUCAAACAUCUCGAAUUGGAAUCAAUAUUUAUGUUGAGUUUGUGCUCCGAAAACACAAAAAAACUGGUUCAGAGAAUCAGACUGAAAGCAAAAAAGUUGAGAUACAGUAUUGACGACGAUCAGAUUUCGGUCCUUGGUGGAUUCACUGACGAUGAGCGUGACUUGGAAUUUAUAACAAAUAUGAAAUGUGUCACGUCUAUUUCUAGAAAAAAGACAAUUUCAGUAAAAUUAGGAGGAGAGCCAAUCAAGUGCAGAUUUGAAAGAAGCAGUCAUACUUUGAAAUAUCUCGAGCCGGAGAAUAAAAAUGUUCUAGAAUUGCUCAAGAACCAUGUUGAUUCCUUGUUCCACUCAAAGCCAAUUAUCCAAUUAAAACUUCAUUCUCCCGACUCUCUCUCCACUUCAAACAUCUUUGAUGAUAUCUCAGACACCAGUUUCAUGUUUGAAAAUCUCGAUGCAUCUGGAAUAGAAAAGCAUCUGACCAAUUAUCCCAAUCAUCACAGUCUUGAAUUUUUCUCGGAUCUUACUAAACGAGAUUUGAAGCAAUACUCAAAGAUUUGGGAGAUCGAGGGAUUAGCAUUGCGAGGUUCCCGUUUGAUCUCUUCUAGAGCUAUGAAAUAUUUCUCUGGUCGUUGUUUGAUUCUUCACAAUGCGGAAAUAAUGUACUCACCUCUGAUUAAAAUGAUUCGAAAAUGGCAGAAGAAAGAGGGACUCCACAACUUGCAUGCAGUGGUUAUACAUACAUUUGCUAGCGAUGAUUUUAUCGAUGAGUUGUUAGAUGAAUUGAAUGUAUUGGAUUGGGAUGGAAUCAGACGUCCAAAGAUGUUUAACUAUGACCCAAGAAUAAUCAACAACUCAAAGAGUAUGAUUGACUUCUCCGAUGCGUACGACAUCCAGCAGGAAGAUGGAGGGACGUGGGGAUCUAUCAUAGCAGCUAAGAAUCAAAUUGCUUUUGUGGUCUGGGAUUAA